AUGGCCCAGGAGAACCCCAAGAUGCACAACUCGGAGAUCAGCAAGCGGCUCGGGGCCGACUGGAAGCUGCUGAGCGACGCCGAGAAGCGGCCCUUCAUCGACGAGGCCAAGCGGCUGCGGGCCGUGCACAUGAAGGAGUAUCCGGAUUACAAAUACCGGCCCCGGAGGAAGACCAAGACCUUGCUGAAGAAGGACAAAUAUUCGCUGCCCGGCAACCUGCUGGCCCCGGGGGGGGGCAACGCGGUGAGCAGCCCCGUCGGGGUGGGGCAGAGGAUUGACACUUAUGCCCACAUGAACGGCUGGACCAACGGAGCUUACUCCCUGAUGCAAGACCAGCUGGGCUACAGCCAGCACCCGGGCAUGAACAGCCCGCAGCUGCAGCAGAUGCACCGCUACGACAUGACGGGCCUGCAGUACAGCCCCAUGAUGUCCACGGCCCAGACCUACAUGAACGCCGCCUCCACCUACAGCAUGUCCCCCGCCGCCUACGGCCAGCAGCCCUCCACGGCCAUGAGCCUGGGCUCCAUGGGCUCCGUGGUGAAAUCCGAGCCCAGCUCGCCGCCUCCGGCCAUCACUUCCCACUCGCAGAGGGCCUGCCUGGGAGACCUGCGGGAUAUGAUCAGCAUGUACCUGCCCCCCGGGGGGGAUGCCACAGACCCUUCCGCCCUGCAGGGCAGCAGGUUACACAGCGUCCACCAGCACUACCAGAGUGCCGGGACUGGCGUGAAUGGCACCGUACCACUGACUCACAUAUAAACCUGACUGCUCCGGACGGCUCCCCGUCUAAAUCCCUUACCCCACCACCGCUCCCUGACUACACCGGGAUGCACGGCAGUGUUGCUCGGCUUAGCGGACUUAAUACUAACUUUGGAGAAAUUUUAAAAGGAAAUCCGUUAGUUGUGUUUUUUUGUUUUGUUUUUUUGUUGUUGUUGUUGGGGUUUUUUUGAAGGAAAAUAAUAUUUGAGCAAGCUGUUAUUUUAAUAGACCCAACUCCUGCCUCCUAAAAGCCGCUGUGAAGUUUUCAAACCACGGCAACUUCUUUCCUGGUUUCGGCUAGGUUGGGCACUGUUUUAUUCGCUUGAAAGUUUUUAUAAGUUCUUGCAUCUUCCAGUUUGAUUUCUAGCGUUGCAAUGACAUAAAAAACAAAAACCGCGGGCUUUUGUUUUUAAACUCGGUUGUUCACAUAUCGUUGUUGUUUAUUAAGUGUUUUGUUACCGACCCUCGCUUGAUUUCUACCCACAAUCUGUAGCUUUCACGACUUUUUAAAAGGGGGAGGUGGGAGAGAGCAGAGCUGUGCGGGUCGCAAACGCAUUUCUUUUAUUUAUAGUAAGUUGUAUGUCUUGGUUUUUCUUAAGCUGUAAACUUAUGUAAAUCGGUUUGUGAAUUUUACUGUGAACUAUGUUUUGACAUAUCGGAUGAAGAAACGUUUCAGUUUUGUUACCGGAUUCCUUCCAAGCAAAUAAGUCAUCGAAAUACCCCCUUCCCUGUUCCUAGCCCUCGUUUUGCUUCCUUCUUCCAAACGAAGAGAGAUCAAUAAAUUUU